GUUUGUUUUGGUGGUCAGCUGGAGAGAAAGCCUCGGAGGGACACCAAGGGACCUCCUCACGACGAUUUUCAUGUGCAUUAACGACGGGGAAAUGAACUUGUUUCCGCCGGGAGGACUCAGGAGUGUGGUCCCAUGAACCGAGAACACCGGAUGGUGGAGGGGGGGGUGGUGGGCAGUGUCCCCCCCGUAGCCCCCCCGACCGUCAAGCUGAAGUGGGCCGAACAUCUGACCACUUCUUGGCUUGCAGAGGAUUGCCAGGCGAUUGCUCUCCGAGACUCUGUCUUAGCUCUGUAUGACAGGCUUCUUGAAAACAAGGAGGUGGUGGUGGUGGCAGGGCCCGGGUGUGUCAUGCGCGGAGGCCCCCAGCUCCCAGACUACGAGCCGGAGCCUCCCUCGUCGGCGGAUCAGCUCAGCCACGUCAAUGCUCUCCUCGCGUCGCAGGCUGCCUUGGCUCGUUCUACGGCAGCCCAGCCCCGUUUCUCAGCCCUGCUCCACAAGCGACUGAUCGUGCUGCAGAGGAUUUACCACGCUCUGGCCCGAAGCUUCCACCAGGGCUCGAGGGAGAGGGAAAGGGCCUUGACCGGGAACACUGAACGAGGACCCACGACAGACCUGCAGGGCAAUGGGGCCUCUUUGUCCGCCAAUGAGGCCCUAGUCGAGCUUGGAGUGCGCACUGGGCUGUCCCUUCUCUUCACGAUACUCAGACAGGGCUGGUUGAAUAACUCCGGUGGAAGUCUUUGUUCCGAAGUUCUGGGAACAGCAGUGUCUGUUGUUCGGGCUCUUCCACCUCUGUCUCUGGCAGUUGAGUCCAAGUUGCCCCGUGUCGGCCUAGCUUCGCUAUCGCAGCUGACAACCUUUCUUGCAGAAACGGCAAAGCCAUCAUCACCUGCAGAUCCCACUGGUCGAAAGUUGAGUGCAGAGUUGCUACUUGGAUUGAGUCUCCAGAGAGGUUCAUUGCGCUACUUACUGGAAUGGGUGCACAUGGCCCUCAGUGCUGCCACGACUGCUGCGGAGGACACCAGUGAUGGGACAUGCAUCAGUAGCAGCUGUCUGCAGGAGGUAAUGAAUUCUCUGGCGCAGAGUGGUGAGUGCAUCAUAGGAGGGCUAAUACCUGGUGCCCUUGAUGACCACACAGUACCACUCUACCAAGCCUCACUCAUACUGAUGGAGAAACUCACACUGUUGGCUUGUGAAUAUGCUCGUACGUGCAUCGGCGAUUCCUGCGAGGAAGUGAAUGAAACAAACGAAUCUUGCGACGUAUAUGUGUGGGGCAGCAACUCCUCGCAUCAGCUGGCAGAAGGAACACAGGAUAAGAUUCUUUCUCCGAAACUGACUCAUGCGUUCAGCAGUGUGCAGCAGGUGGAAGCUGGACAGUAUUGCACAUUUGUGGUACACAGUGACGGGGGAGUAAGUGCCUGUGGGAAGGGAAGCUACGGAAGGCUAGGCCUCGGUGACUCCAACAAUCAGCCCUCACCGAGGAGAUUGAAUUUGGAUGCCAGGGUGAGGAGAGUCUCUUCCUCCAAAGGCAGUGACGGCCACACCAUGGCAUUGUCCACGUCUGGUCAAGUCUACACCUGGGGUGAUGGUGAUUAUGGGAAGUUAGGGCAUGGAAAUAAUGUGACCCAGAAGUACCCAAGGCUCAUAGCAGGUCCUCUCAGUGUAAAAGUGGUGCGGUGGGUAUCUGCAGGAUACCGUCAUUCAGCCUGUGUGACCCAGGAGGGAGAACUGUAUACGUGGGGUGAAGGCGACUAUGGGAGAUUGGGUCAUGGAGAUAGCACAAGUCGAAACGUGCCAACACUAGUGAGGGAUAUAUCUGGUGUGGGUCAAGUGGUAUGUGGCAGUGCCCACACACUUGCUCUCUCGGCCGAUGGUAGGACAGUGUGGUCAUUUGGAUCAGGUAAGCUGUACUAAUAUAAUCUUUUUAUUUUUAUUCCUUCUGCCAGUAUUUCAUUUCAUAAGGGGAAAAAAAUUGUUUAGAGGAAUUUUGGUAAUGACUUUUCAAA